GUGGGCGAUGGCUAGCUGGUGGGACACCGUGUGGCGCGAGGCGCGCACCACCGUGGGCCGUCGCGCCAAGCGCUUCGCGCCCUCGUCCGACUCUCCGCCACCGCUGCCACCGCGAGGCGUCGGCGGCAUCGUGGUGGAGGAGGAGGAGGGACCGGAUGGGUGGGACGUCGUGGCGGUCAAGGAGGAGAGACGCCACCUGGCCGAGGUGGGGUCCGGAGACGGGACCUCAGCCUACGCCGGUAGCGGCGCCUACUUUCGCGCCGGCGAGCCAGUCGACGAGGAGGACGAGGAGUACAGACGCAUCUGGAACCUGCCUCCUCGCAGCCCAGCAGCCGGCCAGCGGCCGCCUCCGGGCGGUAGGGCGGAGCCGGCCGCAGCAGAGGGCGCGUCGCACACCGCGACAGCCACGGCAGAGGCGGAGGGAGCUCUUGCGGCGAGCACCGGCUCUGCGGCUGGCGUGAGGCGGGCAGCAGGAGGGAGGGGAGGCGGCGGCGGGGAGGGGGGUGCGGAGGCCGGAGAGGCUCUCGCCAGAGGCGGCGAGCUGGGCGGUGGGCCCUCGAGCGAGCCCGGCGGCGGCGAGGGCGGCGGCGAGGGCGGCGGCGAGGGCGGCGGCGAGGGCGGCGGGGAGGGCGGCGGGGAGGGCGGGGAGGGUUGGAGUUCGAGGGAGGCGGUGGGCGGCGCGGCGAGGUGCGGCGGCGAGGCCGGCGGGGCGGGUCGCGCCGGAGGCAGCCGGGGCGGCGGGCAGGGAGGCGGGCAGGGAGGCGGGCAGGGAGGCGGGCAGGGAGGCGGGCAGGGAGGCGGGCAGGGAGGGCUCAGCCUGCGGCGGCGCGGCGGCGGGAGGUCGGACCCAGCCAGGGCGAGCGGCGCUGCGGCGGAGGCCGACAGCGACGCAGCCGAUGGCGGGCCGCAGGGCGAGCCGCAGCCCCGACCGGUGCCUCCUCCGCUGGCGGUGAGGCUGCAAGCGGUCAGGCUGCACUCGGCUGGCGGCCCGCUCGGCGGCGAGGCGGAGGGCGGCGAGGCGGAGGGCGAGCCGCCGUCGCCCCAGUCGCCUCUCAGCUUCAGUGAGGAGGCGGCGGGCGGCGAGGCGGCGGGCGGGGAGGCGGCGCUGUGGGGCCCGGUGUGGCUGGUCGCCGCCUGCUUGCGGCUGCUCGUUCUGGCGGUGGUGUGGAGCGGCACGGCGGUGGCGCACGUGCUGCAGGGCGCGUGCGCUGCAAACCACCCGCGGCUAGUUGCGAGGCACGCGCUGCUCGAGCCAGCUUCGCGGCAGUGCACCUUCCGCUGCCUGCUGCUCAACGCGUGCCUCUACCGAGGCGCGCUCUUCGUGUAUGAGGCAGCGCUGCCCGCCGCCGUCGAGGCGCUGCUCGGGGUCGACCUGGCGACCGACCCGAGGUACGGCUGGUACGAGUGGGCGGUCCUGCUGCUCUGGUCGCUUCCCGCCUACCUCGCGCUCUCGCUCGUGUACGGCCGGCUGGUGUAUGUGGCCUUCCUGCUGCAGGCGAGUCAACGCUUCAAUAGCAGUGGAUGA